CCAUUCCUCUUGCCGCGAGUGCCUUGGCCCUGAACAUUCGCACUGUACAAAGUGCAUGAAGCCAGAGGAGGGGCUGCAGCCUGGAACGAUGCUCAAGGGGACAUCUGUGGGUGUCUGCCUACCCCGAUGCAAAGACCAUUUCUACCUCCAUAGUGAUGGGAUAUGCAAAGAGUGCCACUCCUCCUGCUUAUCCUGUCUGGAGAAAUCGCCAGAGAACUGCACCACAUGCGCACCCCCACGAACCUUUCAUGAAGGCCGGUGUGUCUCUGAAUGUCUGGAUGGAUGGUAUCAACAGGAGGCGAGGUGCUACUUGUGCCAUCCCUCUUGCAAGACAUGCCACGGGCCGUCGGAUGCGGACUGCGCCACCUGCCACCCUCACGCCACUCAGGCCAAAGGAAGGUGCAGGACUCCCUGCAAGGCGGAACAAUACCUCAAUCUGGUGGGCUACUGUGUUGAUUGCCACCCUUCCUGUGCACAGUGCAUGGCAGAUCUCCAGGACACAGGAAGCAUCUGCUUGAAGUGCCAAAACCUCCAUCAUUUGCUCCUGAGAGAACGCUGCUUGCCUGAGUGCCCCACGGGGUAUUACAAGGCUGGCGGAGAGUGUCGAAAGUGUGACACUUCGUGUAGAACUUGCCAAGGAGAGGGGCCUUCCUCCUGCACCUCCUGCGAUUCGAACCUUGUUCUCUCUCACAUCGGCACGUGCGUCUCGGCCUGCUUCCUUGGGUUCUACAGGGAUGAGAACCAGCAUUGCAAACCUUGCAGCAGUCAGUGCCUGAGCUGUGAUUCGGGGACCCGUUGCACAUCCUGCAAACACCCGUCCCACGUCUUGCUCUUCGGCGAAUGCCAGGAUGACAGCUGCGCUCCACAAUAUUACCUUGACUUCUCCACCAAGACCUGCGAAGAGUGUGACUGGAGCUGCAACGCUUGUAGUGGUCCCCAGAGCACCGAUUGCUUGCAGUGCAUGGAGGGAUACAUUCUCCACGAAGGUUCCUGUGUGGAGCGAUGCCCUCCUGCUUUCUACAAGGAAUCCGACACUUGCCAAAGAUGUGAUGAUGACCGCUGCCUGGAGUGCCGUGCCCCGAGUGAAUGUGCACGCUGUGAAUCCCCGUUUCUCCUCAUGGGUUCCCAGUGCGUCUCGACAUGUGGGAAGCGGUUUUAUGCAGACCACGGAGAGCAAAGGUGCUCAGCCUGCCCCAAAGGAUGUUUGGAAUGCGACAAAUCAAGUCGGUGCCGAGUUUGCGACUCCACUACAUUUUUGCAGGAAAGCCGCUGUGUCUCCGACUGCAGCCAUGGUUUCUAUGGAAAUCCCUGGAGCAGAGAGUGUGAAACUGUCAUGCAAACUCCUGUUCUCAGGGCAAAUGGCUCACUCCAGUUAGGAAUUGGCGAGGUGAAGCCCAUUGACCUCUCCAUCCUAGAGUUGCAAGGCCCUGUUGGCGAAGGAGAAGGUUUCUUGUUUCAUGUGGUUGACCCUCCCACCAACGGCCGACUGCUGACUGUGGCAAAUGGGAAAGAGACAGAGUUGAGCCAGGGUGACCAUUUCACCGUGGAAGACGUGAAGGGGCAGAGAGUUCGUUUCAUGCAUGAUAAGAAGAAAUCCAGGAAUGGGCAGUUUUCCCUAAAGAUCAGCCAUCAACAGUAUUUCUCUGAACCAGAAACGUUCACUGUUCAAGCACAAUCAACAAAGGCUCCCUACGUUCUGAGAAACGAAGCCCUCAUUCUUGGCCAAGGCGAAGCUAGAGCCAUCACCAACCUUUUGCUUGAUAUUCGAGACAGUGAUAAUCCUGAGAGCGUGACACUGGCUGUUUUAGAUCCUCCGAAACACGGGCAGCUAGCCAAGCUUUCUGGGGACACAUCGCUGGCGACGAAUCUUUUCCACCUUGAUGACCUCUUGCAGGGAUUUGUGCAUUACAUCCACGAUGGAUCCGACAGUUUGGAAGACACGGCGGUUCUGCAGGCAGGCGAUGGGUAUCACUUUCGGAAUAUACUCUUCCACAUCAAAAUUACGCCGAAAAGCAAUGGGCUGCCGCGAUUAGUUGCCAGCUCGAUGGUGUGGGUCCCGGAGGGAGGGAUGCUGCAAAUCACCAACAGAAUUCUGCAAGCUGAGGUGCCAGGGGUCAGCGAUUCCGCGAUCGUCUACACCAUUAGAGAUCAGCCACGAUACGGUGAGGUGGUGUUCCUGGUCCCGAUGCCGGCAGAUGACCCCGGGCCAGUAUGGCAGCCUCUGCCUGACGGAAGAGGAGCCACACCAACCACCUCGUUCACACAGCGAGACAUCAACGAAGGCGUGAUCUGGUACAGGCACUCUGGAUCCGAGACGGAGAGCGACUCCUUUCGCUUCCAGGUCUCUAGUGCUGUCGCCCCACAAGCUCAUCUGGAGACGCACUUGCUCAACAUUGCCAUCCUGCCUCACACUCCAGAGUCCCCCAUGAUCUCCCUGGGCUCUUCUUUCCACAUGACCGCUCUGGAAGAUCGUGUGACCCCGAUAGAACCCCAUCAUCUCUCCUUUGUCAACUCAGAGAGCCCAACUGAGAAAGUCGUGUACAAUGUGACUGUACCUUUGCCACCAAAUCAAGGCAUUGUGGAGCACAGGGAUAAGCCUCUGUCCCCAGUAAAGUACUUUACACAGGCUGACAUCAACCAUGGCAAAAUCGUGUACCGCCCACCUACUGCAGCCCCUCAUAUCAGAGAGCUGAUGGAAUUCUCCUUUGCUGGCCUCCCAGAAUCUGUCAGCUUUCGUUUUACAGUCUCAGAUGGAGAACAUACAAGCCCUGAGAUGACAUUUACUAUCCACUUGCUCUCCACUGAUGAUGGAUCGCCGUUAUUCCAGAUCACUGCUCCAGUCCUUGAGGUCAGCCAAGGAGGCAGAGCCACUAUUGGGAUACAGCUGACAGUGAGCGAUGUGGACACAACUCCUGAUGACCUUUUCUUUGAGGUGGUGGAUCCUCCUCAUCAUGGAGAUCUCUUCAAGCACAGCUCCACGUUCCCAAGCCGCCUGAGUGCAGGAGAUACCUUCACGUAUGAGGAAAUCACCAGGAAUGCUCUGCAGUAUAUCCAUGAUGGUUCGUCCUCAGCAGAAGACACUAUGGAGAUUUCAGUGACUGAUGGCAUCACCACAGCGACGGCCGUAUUGAAAGUCAAAGUAGCCCUGAUCAACAGUGAAGGCCCCAGGCUGGAUCCCGGUUGCUCACUCGCCAUCACGGUGGCUGCUAAAAGCUCUGUGAUCAUCACCCGAUCCCACUUUGCCUAUAUUGAUAAUAACUCUCCUGAUUCCAAGAUAAGGAUUCAGUUAAUUUCCCUUCCCAUGUAUGGAACUCUGGUGCGGAUAAUACCCGGACAACAUUCUCAGGAGUUUUCUGAGGUCUAUAAUUUCACAAUGGAAGACAUCAACAAUAAAAGAAUCAGAUACCUCACAGAGUUUGAGGCCUUCAGUCAGCCAGUCACUGACAUUUUCCACUUUGCUGUUUUUGACGAGGACGGCAACCAGCUUGACAGCCAGAUGUUCACCAUCACUAUCACUGCUGGCCAGAGCAAGCCUCCAGUCAUCACUUUUGCUGACCAUAUUGUGGUGGAUGAAGGAGGGAGGGUACCACUUAGAGCUCACCACUCCCUAACCAUUGACUCCGAUCUUGCCCAGGAAGGCUUAGUGGUGACAAUUGCAUCUUUCCCAAGAUAUGGGUACAUUGAAAACACCAAAACAGGUAGGCGACUUGGUCCUGGACACACUGCGAGCUCAGACCUCUCGUUCUCAAUUCAAGAUGUGGUAGAGAACCAUAUCUAUUACUUUCAAAGCGUCCACGAAAGUAUUGAGCCUUCCACGGACACCUUUAGCUUUUAUGUCAGCGAUGGCUUCAGCCAAUCAGAAACCAGCAGCGUCAACAUCACCAUCAAGCGUCUAAAUGAUGAGCCCCCAGAAAUGGAGGUGGAGCCUGUCAAAGUGCAGGAAAGCACAGGGGUGGUGAUCACAAAUUCCUCCCUGAGCAUGAAAGACCUGGACACUCCGGACAACCAACUGGUCUUUGUAGUGACCAAGAAACCCACUUAUGGUUAUCUCCGCAAGAGACAGUCUCAUCUGGAUCCCUUGGAGAAUGGUCCAACCCUGUCCGAGGGCUCCACCUUUACCUACCAAGAUGUCCUGGAUGAACUAAUCAUUUACACACCGGGCAGUUCCAGUGUCCAGUCUGAUGAGUUCAGAUUCUCACUCUCUGACGGCCUCUACACGCAGACUGGGAAGGUGGAGUUUUCCAUUGAGUUGUCCAAGUCGGAGCCACCCAGAUUAGUUGUGAACAGGGGCUUGCAACUUUCUGCCGGCUCUGUGGCAGUCCUUACAGACCAGCUCUUGAAGGCCACAGACUCAGAUUCGGAUGACCUGGCUAUCAGAUACAUCAUGAAGAAAGACCCUGUGCUUGGAGUUCUGCGUAUCCGUAAAAGAGAUUCCCUUGAUCAGAUCUCUGCCAAAGGGCCAGUGAGAAGCUUCACACAGGCAGAUAUAAAUAAGGGACAGGUGGAGUACAGCCACGAGAAAGGGCAUCCUGGUGGGACAUUUGCUUUCGUUUUCGAUGUGGCUGAUGCAGAAGGAAACAAAAUGGCGGACCAGGCAUUUACACUUCGGGUAAUGGAAGAUUGGUUGCCACCAUCCGUCAUUGUCAACACAGGACUGGCCCUGGACGAGAACUCAGUGAAGAAGAUCACCACUCUCGAGUUGUCCGCUGUGGAUCAGGACAGUGAGCCAAGUGAUCUCCUGUACAGGAUUACUAAGCAGCCCCAGCUGGGGCACCUAGAGCACACUGCAUCACCAGGCAGAAGGAUUAGCUCCUUCAGACAGGCAGACCUGGUCUCCCGCAACAUCCAGUACAUCCAUACCAGCGAGGAGGAGAAACAUUCUGACACAUUUGCCUUCUCCGUUUCCGAUGGCACACACGAGGUGAGCCAGAAUUUUGACAUCACCAUUAACCCUGUAGACGACUCUUUGCCUGUUGUGCAGAGCCCUGGGAUGAGGGUGCAAGAAGGAGUGAGGAAGACUAUCACAGAGUUUGAGCUUAAAGCCACAGACAUGGACACAGAGGCCAGAUCCAUCACAUUCACGAUCGUGCAGCCGCCACGGCAUGGCCUGAUCGAACGGACCAGCGAUGGGCACCGCUAUCGCCAGACCCACACCUUCACAAUGGAGGAUGUCUUCCAGAACCGGAUCAGUUAUAGUCACGACGGGAGCAACUCCCUGGAGGACCGCUUCACCUUCACUGCAUCCGACGGAUCCAAUCCCUUUUUCGUCGUGGAGGAGGAUGGGAAAGAGCUUGUGACUGCUGUGCCCCAGUUGUUCAGAGUGGAAAUUCUUCCUGUGGAUGAUGGAACCCCGAGAAUUGUCACAAACUUGGGCCUGCAGUGGCUGGAGUACAUGGAUGGCAAGGCAAAAAAUCUGAUCACCAAGAAAGAGUUGUUGACUAUGGAUCCUGAUACAGAAGACAAACAGCUGAUCUAUGAGAUAACAGCUGGGCCAGAGCACGGUUAUGUGGAGAAGAAGUUGCAGCCGGGAGUGUCAGUGACUACAUUUACUCAAGAGGAAGUGAAUUUGGGAUUGAUUGAGUAUGUGCUACACGAGGAGCAGACUCAAGAGACAGAAGACAGUUUUCAGUUUCUUGUAAAGGACAGCAAACCCAGUGUGGUCACUGACAAUACCUUCCAUAUCCAGUGGUCUCUUAUCAGCUUUCAGCACACCAGCUACAAUGUCAGUGAAAAGGCAGGCUCCAUCAGUGUCACAGUGAAGAGGACGGGUAACCUCAAACAAUAUGCUAUUGUCCUGUGCCGUACGGAGCAGGGAACUGCCACCUCCAGCUCAGCUUCACAGCCAGGAGAACAGGACUACGUGGAAUAUGCAGGCCAGGUUCAGUUUGAUGAACGGGAGGACACGAAAUCCUGCACUAUCCUGAUAAACGAUGACAAUGUCUUUGAGAACACGGAGAGCUUCACUGUGGAGCUCAGCAUGCCAGCCUAUGCCUUGCUGGGGGACAUCACCGAGGCCAAAGUCUUCAUCAACGAUGCAGAAGAUGAGCCUACCUUGCAGUUUGACAAGAAAGUCUACCACAUCAGCGAGAGUGCUGGCAUCCUCUCUGCCCCCAUUGAAAGGAAAGGCGACUCCAGCAGCACCGUGUCUGCAGUUUGCUACACAGUCCCCAAAAGUGCCAAAGGGAGCAGUGCACAUGCCUUAGAGUCUGGAUCAGACUUCAAGUCCAGAGGGAUGUCCAAUGAGAAUCGUGUGGUGCUGGGGCCUGGCAUCACCAUGACCACCUGCGACGUGAAGCUGAUUGACGACAGCGAGUACGAAGAGGAGGAGGAAUUCGAAAUCGCGCUUGCCGACGCGUCGGAGAACGCGCGCAUAGGGAGCAUCGCUUCAGCGAAGGUCAUGAUCAGCGGUCCCAACGAUGCCUCAACAGUGUCCCUUGGAACGGCUACUUUUACAGUCAGCGAGGAUGCAGGAAUCAUUGAAAUCCCCGUUACUAGGCACGGCCCUGACCUCUCGACCCCCACGUCCGUAUGGUGCGCCACUCGGACAUCGGAUCCGCCAUCGGCAACUCCGGGUGUCGACUACAUACCCAGCUCCAAGAAAGUGGAAUUUCGCCCAGGAAGAACUGAAGAGUACUGCACCUUGACAAUUCUGGAUGAUGCACAGUACCCAGUCAUCGAAGGGGUGGAGACAUUUGUCGUCUACCUGAGCUCGCCGCAAGGAGCAGAGCUGGCCAAGCCUUUUCAAGCAAUGGUGGCCAUUAAUGACACCUUCCAGGAUGUGCCGAACAUGAAAUUUAGUAAAGAAUUGUACCCUGUGAAAGAGAAGGAGGGCAUCCUCCACAUUCCCAUCAUCCGCACCGGAGACUUAAGCUAUGAGUCGUCUGUCAGGUGCUACACCCAGGGCCAGACAGCGAAAGCCAUGGAGGACUUUGAGGAAAGGAGAAACACGGAGGAAUCGCGCGUCACUUUUCUGAAAGGGGAGAAGGUAAAGAACUGCACUAUCUUUAUUAAUGACGACUCUGCCUUUGAACCGGAGGAGAAGUUCCAGAUACACCUGAGCAACCCGCUUGGAAACCACUGGAGUGGGGCUACAGUUGGCAAGAAUAAUAUGGCCUCCAUUAUUAUCUCCAAUGAUGAAGAUGCUCCCACCAUCGAGUUUGAGGAAGCUGCUUACCAAGUCCGUGAACCUCCUGGGCCUGAAGGGGUUGCUUUCUUGAAUGUCAAGGUGCUGCGGAGAGGGGACCAAAACAGGACCUCCAAAGUUCGCUGCAGUACCCGGGACGGCUCUGCUCAGUCUGGGAUUGAUUACUACCCAAAGAGUCGAGUCCUCAAGUUCAGUCCUGGAGUGGACCACAUUGUAUUUAAGGUAGAGAUCAUGUCCAAUGAAGACAGGGAGUGGCACGAGUCCUUUUCCCUGGUGUUAGGGCCAGAUGACCCUGUUGAAGCUGUCCUGGGGGAGAUCACCACUACAAUCGUCACCAUUCUGGACCAGGAAGCAGCUGGGAGCCUCAUUUUGCCAGCUCCUCCUAUUGUGGUUACGCUGUCCGAGUAUGAUCACGUAGAAGAAGAAGCCAAAGAAGGAGCUAAGAAGUCUCCCUCUCCGGGCUACCCGUUGGUCUGCGUGACGCCUUGCGACCCUCACUUCCCCAAGUACUCGGUGAUGAAAGAGCGCUGCGGUGAUGCCGGGAUAAACCAGUCCUCCAUACAGUUCAGUUGGGAAGUGGCGACGCCCACGGACGGGAAUGGAGCCAGAUCUCCCUUUGAAACGAUUACAGACAACACUCCCUUCACCAGUGUCAAUCACAUGGUGCUGGACAGCAUUUACUUCAGCCGACGAUUCCACGUUCGCUGCGUGGCCAAAGCCGUGGACAAGGUUGGCCACGCCGGCACCCCACUGAGAAGCAACAUAGUCACAAUUGGGACAGACAGCGCCAUCUGCCACACACCAAUAGUGGCUGGAACAGCCCGGGGGUUUCAAGCACAGUCCUUCGUUGCCACUUUGAAGUAUCUGGAUGUUAAGCACAAGGAACACCCCAACAGAAUCCAUAUCUCAGUGCAGAUUCCACACCAGGACGGGAUGCUCCCUCUCAUCUCCACGAUGCCUCUGCACAACUUGCACUUCCUCCUGUCGGAGUCCAUCUACAGGCACCAGCAUGUCUGUUCCAACCUGGUCAGCAUCCAAGAUCUUAAGGGCAUCUCAGAAGCUGGAUUCCUAGAUGAAGUGACCUACAAUAGCAUCAUUCUGGGACCCGGAUACGAUAGACCAUACCAGUUUGACCCCAGUGUGAGAGAGCCAAAGACCAUCCAGCUGUACAAGCACCUGAACCUGAAGAGCUGCAUCUGGACUUUUGACGCGUACUAUGACAUGACAGAAUUAAUUGACGUCUGCGGAGGAUCGGUCACUGCCGACUUUCAGGUUCGUGAUUCAGCUCAGUCCUUCCUGACUGUCCAUGUCCCUCUCUACGUCUCCUACAUUUAUGUGACUGCGCCUAGAGGAUGGGCCUCUCUGGAACAUCACACUGAGAUGGAGUUUUCCUUCUUCUAUGACACAGUCCUCUGGAGAACAGGCAUUCAGACCGACAGCGUCCUUUCUGCUAGGCUGCAGAUAAUAAGGAUCUACAUUCGAGAGGAUGGUCGGCUAGUCAUUGAGUUCAAGACUCAUGCCAAGUUCCGAGGGCACUUUGUGAUGGAACACCACACUUUGCCAGAUGCAAAGUCUUUCAUCAUGACUCCUGAUCACUUGGGAGGGAUGGAGUUUGACCUGCAGCUUUUGUGGAGUGGCCAGACUUUUGAUUCCCCUUAUCAGCUCUGGAGAGCAACCAGCUCCUACAGCAGGAAGGAUUACUCGGGAGAAUACACCAUCUACUUAAUACCAUGCACAGUGCAGCCCACGCAAUCAUGGGUUGAUCCAGGAGACAAGCCUUUACCCUGCACUGCUCAUGCUCCAGAAAAAUUCCUGAUCCCGAUUGCCUUCCAGCAAACUAACCGCCCGGUCCCCGUGGUGUAUUCCCUGAACACGGAGUUUCAGCUCUGCAACAAUGAGAAAGUGUUUCUGAUGGACCCAACCAAAUCAGAAAUGUCCAUGGCAGAGAUGGACUAUAAAGGAGCUUUUUCAAAAGGCCAAAUCCUUUACGGCCGCGUGAUGUGGAAUCCUGAGCAGAAUCUCAACUCUGCCUACAAACUGCAGCUGGAAAAAGUCUACCUCUGCACAGGGAAGGAUGGCUAUGUGCCUUUCUUUGACCCGACGGGGACUAUCUACAACGAGGGUCCGCAGUAUGGCUGCAUCCAACCCAGCAAACACCUGAAGCACAGAUUUCUGCUGCUGGACAGGACUCAGCCAGAAGCGACUGACAAAUACUUCCACGAUGUACCUUUCGAUGCCUGUUUUGCUUCUGAGCUGCCGGAUUUCCACCUAGUCAGCAGCAUGCCUGGAGUGGACGGCUUCAUCAUGAAGGUGGAUGCCCUCUACAAGGUGGAAACCGGGCAUCAGUGGUACCUCCAAGUGAUCUACGUCAUCGGCCCUGAGACCAUCGCGGGUCCCCGGGUGCCACGUUCUCUGGUGCAGCAGCUGCGACGCAGCCGCCGGGACCUUGCGGGCCCCAAGGGUGGCCUGAUUCUAGACGACUCCUUGAUCUACGACAACGAAGGAGACCAGGUCAAGAAUGGCACGAACAUGAAGUCUCUCAACCUGGAGCAGCAAGAGGCGGUGGCCGCCGCUUCCCUGUCGCAGACGGGGGCGUCCAUCGGCAGCGCCUUCGCGGCCAUCAUGCUCCUCCUGCUGGUUCUCCUCGUCUUCUGCUUCGUGACCAGGAAGUGUCGGAAGCACAGGAAAAAGAAAAAGGCGGCGAGGGACGCCGUGGAGCAGUAUCCCCUCAACACCAAAGUGGAGGCCGCCAAGAGGAACACGGAGGGCGUCGAGAAGAACGUCAACAGACAGUAUUGCACCGUGAAGAACCUGAACGUACUCUGCGAAAGCGAUGGGGCCUACAAGGCCCAAGGGGCAAAGGUUAAGCAGGUGAACUUGGCGGUGAAAGUCCACAACAAUUUACACGACGGAACAGAAGUCUAGUAGCCCGUGCACAACUUUUCUCUUUUUCUUUUUGUAAUAUCUUUUUUAUAAAUUGUACAAAGGAAAUUGGAGCCGGGGUGGGGUGGGGGAAAAGUAUGAUUUGUUGGUUUUUUUAAAAAGAAACCAUCCCUGAUAUUUUUGUAACGGUCUUUGUGGGUGGUGGGGAAAGGGAAGAGCGAUACCUUUUUGGUCAUUGUUUGCUUGAGCGGUGAACAAGCGACACGUCUUUGCACGCUUCCACUCCGCAACGGAGCUACCUCACUGAGAAGAAGGCCUGCGUUGAGGCGGUGAAUUGAGUCUCUUGGAUGACAGCAUUCCAUUCACACACCCAUCCAGCCUCCAGUGCUCAGUUUCCUGUAUCUUCCACUGCACAAUGGGGUUGAUUAAACACUAGAAGGGUGCCGAAUGCAAAUGAGGCUUCUUUGGAGGUGGAAGAAGCAACAGGGCAGUAAUUGUUGUGGUCCACUGCUUCCUCUCGCAGCCACUAUUGCAUCAGUCACAUUGGAACCUGCUCAGGUUCAACCAUAUCUACACACCGGUUCCUCCAGCUCCUGAGUGAAAGUGAAGCACGUUGCAGCAGCAUUAGAGGAAGCGGGAAGUGAUUUAAGGGCUUCUCUUUGAGCCAGUCACACAUGACAGAAGUCUCAGCUUUUAAAGUUCAUUUUAGUUGCUAAUUAUCCUUUCUUUCUUUCUUUCUUUCUUUCUUUCUUUCUUUCUUUCUUUCUUUCCUUCUUUCCUUCCUUCCUUCCUUCCUUCCUUCCUUCCUUCCUUCCUUCCUUCCUUCCUUCCUUUGUGUGUUAUGCUGUCAUGGUGCAGGUAACAUGUUAAGCCAAAUGUAUAAUGCAUUCUCUUUGAGCAAAAGUAAGAUCUGAUCACCACUAUUACUAGAACUACCACUGCCAUAUAUAUUUGGUGAUGCCCAACUAAGUUGUAUUCAGAAUAGCAGGCUAUCUCCCAUUGUUUAUUUAGUGCCAAAAAUGUGCUGGGUAAUAUUCAUCCGGUCUCCACAUAAGUAGAAGAAGUGCUUUCUUCCUCCGUAGAAACACUUAAUGUUAAUUUCUCUUCCACUUAAUGUUAAUUUCUCAAAUGUCUGAAUUGUCAUACAUUUCUGAAUUUUCUCCAGUCCAGAAUUCCAUGAGUGUUCCACUGGACACCCAGAAAUCCAAGCAGAGCAGGCUUUCUCAAUUGUUUCAGUGGGGUGAGCCAAUGUACAAAUGGAAAGGAGUAUAUGUUUGUGGGUUGGCUCCCUCUCUUGACAUGAAUGGGGAAAUCAUUUUACGAGGGAGCUUCACACAUGCAUUGGAACUUCAGUGCCUGGAAUAGACUGUAGAACAAUUACGUUCUGCUGUUAGUGCCUAAGCAUACCUACUUGGAUAUACAUACCAUUGACAACAAGGAACUUGUUCCUGAGUAAGCAUACAGAAGAUCAGAUUGCACAUACAUUAAUGCAGUGACCUCCAUAGGAGAUGAGCAAAUAUUUGUGGAUAUUGAAGAAGAACCACUCUGAUUUCAGAAAUGUUGGGUAUAAAUGCAUUGUAUGCAGUGUGCCUAAUCUCAUUACUGCUUGGUCUGCUGCAAAUCUGCUGUGACAGUCUCAUCAUAGCAGCUGGUUUUGGGACAAUUAUGAAGCUGACAGACCGUGGUGGAAUAUUUCACCUGGCUGAGAUUGCCAAUAUAUUUUCUGUAGACGCACACUUGAAAGUGUCAAAAGACCUGUAAUCGUUGCUUUACUUUGUUUGAUUCACGCAAUCACUUUGUAUACGUUUUGAUCGAUGCCAACAGGCAGUAUUGGAUUUCCCUCAGACGCACACUUCACAGUUUCAGCAUUCUGCCAUUCAUAAUUAAGCAACAUCCGUGAUGCUUUGAAGAAGUCUUGUGAAUGCUUUGACCUGUGUUCAGGUUGUUCCCCUGUGUGCCCUGGACUGAAGACUUUCCCCGGGGCUUGUUGAACAUUCUGUUAGACUAUUCGCAUGAGUGGGUUGACCCUAGGUAGAGAAAGGCCAUUUGUGUUGACAUAAAACCAUCAUACAGAUUGGGACUGGAACUUUCGCUACCAGGAUGUUGUGUACAAGGUGUAGCCUGUUGCCCCACUUCAGAGCCUGAUACGCAAUGCCAUUGAAGGCACAUAGCCCCUGCCUUUGUGAGCUGUCCUCAUUCAGACCAACGAACCCAGCCCUCCAUUGAAGUGAAUGCGGGUGGUGGAGUUCAUUGCAUACAUUGAAACCUCUGGGCCCACAGCAGCCUGCUGAAUCUGGGGAAGAACACGAGAGCUGCCAGAGUGGUCUUGGAACAAGGAGUCUUGGGGAAGAAGAAGAAGAAGAAGAAGAAGAAGAAGA